GGGUUUUCAAAUGAAUAAUUUAUAACCAGUUAUAUUUAUUUUUAUUUUUUAUAUUAUAUAUAUUUUUUAUAUUUAUGUUUAAUUGAUUUUCUGCAAAUGAUCAGAUAAAUAUUACGCGCACACAUUUAUAUGCAGUCCACAUCACGGGGUAUAUCAGAAGUGAGCACUUCAGCAUUUCAAAAUACACACAGAAAUUCCAGUUUUUCUUUAAUUCAUUUAUGUCCAAGCUUUUCUUUUGUUUUUCUUAUUUUAGAAAAAAAUAAAAUAAAAACAGAAAAGGCGCUUUGACAAACAAAUUUUGCCUAAAUAUCCAAUACACGGCUAUAUAUUUGAUAUUUAGGCUGUAUUUGACAAUUAUACACUUCAUUUAAACAUGAGUUGAAAAUUUAGACCACAGUGUGGAUGAAUAUACAAAUAGCAUGUGCCAAAAUAAUUUACACACGAUUUUUUUUUCCUGAAGGGGUUUAAGUCCAUUUCCUUAUCGGAUAUGUGUUUCAAACAAUGAAGAUCAUUGACAUAAUCCAACUAUCCGCACUACUCCAUAGCUAUACCCGUGGAAUCAUAUUCGUCUAAAUCUUUUCAUUUUUAUUUUUUAUUAUUUUUUUUUACAACUAAUCUUAACCGCUGGUAUUCAAACCAAGUUGUUGAAGGAGGUGUUCACUGGUCGCAAUGUUUCGUUUAAAAUGCCCAAACCGCAAACAGCCCCGGGUCACUUGUUUGGCUCUAUUUACACGUAAGCUUACACCGUAGUGUGCGUAAUAACUGGCGCUUAUGGCGGGCUUCACAGCUCUUCUGAUAAUGGCACUGCAGAUUAAGACUUUUAGGUGUAAACAAGUGGGAAUGCAUUCAUACGUGAUUAACACAUUAUGACAUGCUACGCAGCAACACGAGGGACAUUUCGUCAAUAAACGUAAUACUUGUGCAUUUGUUGACACGGCUUUGCAUUACCGACUUGAUAUACGCGAUAAUAGAUGGAUAUACGACUGCAUUCGCUUUUAUUAAACGUACAUUUACUCACAUUUGUCAACACGCAGUGCCUUCCAUUGCACUGAAUUGUUUUCGUCUUUGAAUAAUUAUUUUUAUUUAUUUGUUUCUGUUAGUAAAAUAAUUUCUUGUCACUGAGUGUUGUUUUUAGGUUUAACUUGACAGCAUAUUAAUUGUUAUUGUUUUCCCCAAUAAUAUAAUCAAGGCAGAUACAACCUAUAUUCUACAAAAUGAUUGAGAACUGAUAGUACUCUUAGAUAGAACAGUUACUGAAUAUACACAGUUACUGAAUAUACCUUAUCAAACUGGUUUUAUUAUGUAUCUGGGAUAUUUUCCUGAACGGCUCUUUUACGCACUUUGAAACAUAAGUUUUGAUCAGCUAAGGGUAGAUUGACGUUUAGCGAAAUUCAGUUUUUAUAUAUAAAAUACCUUCUCGGCUUGCAAUCAAAUAUAGCAUAUUACUCCCUCUGUUCGCUGCACACGCACCGUGUGCUUUUGAAGCGUUAUGUUGUGUGUUGUAUGGAUAGGGAUGAGUUCUGAAGGACAGCUUUUAGUUUGUGAAUGUAUCCCUCAAAAUGAAGAGAAUCCUGCUGGUUAGACGUAAUUCGUGUUUCUGUUGCAUGCGCUACAUGCGGUGACUUUGUAACCUUUCCUAGAGCACUGCCUCCCUUGUGCGCGGCAAUAGUAGGGUGCUUACGUGUCCUAUAAAAUAGCUCGUAAAAUGGGCUUUCCCCCAAAACAUACUGUAUCGUUUGUUGUAACCAAUCCGAGUUUUUAGCGGCGGACUGUGGCUCAGAUUCUCCGGAAUAUUCUUCCUUCACAUUGGCCAUCUCAAAUACACACGGGAUGAUUAUUGUGCGCUUUAAAGUGGAGCUUGUUAUAGGAUAAGGCUGAGUAUUUAAUGACCAAGAGGGAUUGAUUUAUCCUUUAUUGUUCAGCCUUUAUGAUCACGUGUGCGCGCUGCCCAAUGGCAUGGCAGCAUGGCUCCCCAUUACUGCCCCGCUGUAGUUGUGUGAGGGGCCAAGUUGCUACUUGAUUUCUCCACAUUGUUAUUUUGUGAGGCUGGCUUUACUGCUGUAUGUGUGUGUCGUGUGUGUGCGCGCUCGCUAUUUGUUUGCGUGGAUCUGUCCCUCCGAGCGCCUGGUCCAUGUGAAGGCGCUUUUUCUGCGACAUGUCGACAUCCGGAACUCUGACCAGUUACUACGUGGAUUCUCUCAUUCUACCGGAGAGCGAGAAUGAACUCUCUACGCCGAGAUACAGCUCUGCUCCCGGGCUACACCAUUCCAGACAAGCUCCCUCCUCCACAGGGUCCAUCCAUGAGCACAGUGACUUCAGCUCCAAAGGCGCGUUAUUCGGAACUCCAUGGAGCCAUGUUCCGACGCAGUUCCCCGGCUCAGUUUCGUCCAUGUACCCCCACCACCACCCGCACUACGGACAUCCUCAGGGGCCGGUGGCCGCGGACACUGACCCCCGCUACCAGUCAUGGCUUCUGGAACCCAUGUCUGCGUCUUUGCCCAUCACAAGCCUACCUCCCACUCACCAUUACGGCCACGUAAAGCCAGAGGGAGUGCGCGGUGGCGCUGAUAGCGGAGCGGUGAUAAGCGGCACUCACACCGCACUGCUCUUGUCUGACUACGCCAACGGCACCGUGGCCACGGCGUCUCCUGCAGACGAGAAGGACGCACUGGGCGGACACGCGGCACACGAACAGAGCGGGGACGCAGAGGACAAACCAGGCCUCGAUCCAAAUAACCCCGUGUCCAACUGGCUUCACGCGAGCGCCACACGGAAAAAGCGCUGCCCCUACACCAAGCACCAGAUCCUGGAGCUGGAGAAGGAGUUCCUAUUCAACACAUAUCUGACCCGGGACCGGCGCUACGAGGUGGCGCGGCUGCUCAACCUCACGGAGAGACAGGUCAAGAUCUGGUUCCAAAACCGCCGCAUGAAAAUGAAGAAGUUUAACAAAGACGGUCCACCCAAGGACGAAUAACACACUGCGGAGGCGCAUUGGCGGUGUGCGGGCACUGGAAGCCCUGUCUCCGCUGGACUGGUUUUUACUCAUUGUCUUAUUGUCCUCCAUAGAAGCUAUUAGGCUUAAUUGUCUUGUUAAAAGCAUGUUGGCCUUCAAUUUAACGCGAGUACAUUUAUAUAUUGCACAAUUUGAGCGUGCUCCCCCUUCGUUUGCCCUUAGUUGAAUGAAUCCUUGUUGUAAGUGCAUUAGUUGGCCUGGGUCCCGUGCUGUGAAUGGACAUUUUUAGCUGUGUGCGCGUAUGGUUUGUUUUCGUUGUUGUCAGUUUCAGAGUCACUUUAGCUUAGAUUGUAAAAUGUACCCAUUCCCCUUAUUCUUAGCCUAUUGAUGAUAGAACUAUGACUGCUGACCAGAGCUGGAACUAACAUUGGACAUUUGCAUUAGGUGCAUUGUAACCACACUGAAACCUCCCAAAAUGCCCCUAAAUUAAGAGUUCUCUGAUGAUUGACUACCUACACAUUUCAACUACCUACACACCCGUUUAUGGCGUAGUGUUUGCUUGUUUGAGCUGAGUUUCAGGGAGAGAUUCUGUUUUAGUGAAGGGAAAUGGAACACUGUAGGCUACUUAAGGAAUACCUCACGGUCUGCUGACCGGUCCACUUUGGUUCACAAUGUAAUUUGUACUUAUUUAUUAAAUAAAGCAAAUUAUAUCUGCGAAUG